CUGGACGCCGCGUCUGAUGAAGCAGCUGAGGCCAGGAGACGGUCCUGCUUGCUGAGAGUCUCCGGAUACCUCGGCCGACGUUGCCGUGUCUGCACCUCCCUGAGGGCCAGCAACACCGGGUCUCUUGGAGCCUUCCAGAAAUGUCCCAAAUGGCUGUGCGUUGGCACCCACGACACUUGGCCUCGAGCCCCGGAUGGGCUCCCUGGGAGCAGUGCAUGGAGAGGCGUCCAGUGUGGGCCCUGUCCUGCCUGUGCCCGGCCGGGCACUUCUGCCCGGCCAGCUGCCCGUGAAAGGGCUCUUUGAGCUCUGGGCGUAGUCGCAGUUCUCUGCCAGCCCAAGAGUCCCCGGGUCGCGGAACUGCACAUGCAGGGAGCUUCCCGCCUGCUCCGCGGCGUUGCUCCAGCUCCGUGUCACGGAAACUUCAGCCGUGUCUGUGAGAAGCUCCUCAGAAAGCAGCUGUGUUUCUGUGGCCACAGGCCCUAAAACAGGCUGAAACCAGGCCUGCCCGACCAGUGCUCUCCAAACCCCUGCAAUGAGGAGGGCGCCCAAGCCUGCCAGGACCUCAUGGGCAACUUCUUCUGCCUGUGCCACGCCGGCUGGGGGGGCCGGCUCUGUGACAAAGACGUCGACGAGUGCAGCCAGGAGAAUGGCGGCUGCAGCCAGGUCUGCCAAAACCAGCCGGGCAGCUUCCACUGUGCCUGCUACAGCGGCUUCUCGCUCUCCACAGACCGCAGGACCUGCCAGGACGUAGACGAGUGCGCGGACGAGGGGGCCUGCGGAGAGGCGCGCUGCGGAAACUUGCCCGGCUCCUACUCCUGCCUCUGCGACCAGGGCUACGCGUACAGCUCGCAGGAGAGGGCCUGCCGAGAUGUGGACGAGUGUCUGCAGGGCCGCUGCGAGCAGGCCUGCGUCAACGCCCCGGGGAGCUACACCUGCCACUGCGACGGGCGCGGCGGCCUCAAGCUGUCCCCGGACAUGGACACCUGCGAGGACAUCUUGCCCUGUGUGCCCUUCAGUGUGGCCAAGAGUGUGAAGUCCUUGUACCUGGGCCGGAUGUUCAGCGGGACCCCUGUGAUCAGACUGCGCUUCAAGCGGCUACAGCCCACCAGACUUGUGGCUGAGUUCGACUUCCGGACCUUUGACCCCGAGGGGGUGCUCUUCUUCGCCGGAGGCCACCAGGACAGCACCUGGAUCGUCCUGGCGCUGCGGGCCGGCCGGCUGGAGCUGCAGCUGCGCUACGGCGGCGUGGGCCGCGUCACCAGCAGCGGGCCCGUCAUCAACCACGGCACGUGGCAGACGAUCUCGGUGGAGGAGCUGGAGCGGAACGUGGUGGUGAAGGUGAACAAGGACGCCGUCAUGAAAAUCGCGGUGGCCGGGGACCUGUUUCAGCGGGACAGAGGCCUGUACCACCUGAACCUCACCGUGGGCGGCAUCCCCUUCAAGGAGAAGGACCUGGUGCAGCCUAUAAACCCGCGCCUGGACGGCUGCAUGCGGAGCUGGAACUGGCUGAACGGGGAGGACUCGGCCAUCCAGGAGACGGUGCGGGCCAACGCCAGGAUGCAGUGCUUCGCGGUGACGGAGAGGGGCUCCUUCUACCCCGGGAACGGCUUUGCCUUCUACAGCCUGGACUACGUGCGGACCUCCCUGGACGCCAGGACAGAAACCACCUGGGAAAUAAAGAUCAUGGCUCGGAUCCGCCCCGCCACAGACACGGGGGUGCUGCUCGCGCUCUGGGCGCCCGACAACCGCACCGUGCCCUUGUCCGUGGCGCUGGUCGACUACCACUCCACCAAGAAGCUCAAGAAACAGCUGGUGGUCCUGGCCGUGGAGAGUGUGGCCCUGGCGCUGGUGGAGAUCAAGGCGUGUGACGGGCAGGAGCACGUGGUCUCCGUGUCCCUGCAGGAGGGGGCGGCCGCCCUGGAGGUGGACGGCACCCGUGGCUGGAGCGAGGCCAGCGCCGCGCAGCUGCAGGAGAGGCUGGACGCGCUCGGACGGCACCUGCGGGGCCCGGUGCUCACCUUUGCCGGGGGACUGCCAGACGUGCCCGUGACCUCAGCGCCAGUCACAGCGUUCUACCGCGGCUGCAUGACGCUGGAGCUGAACGGGAGGCCCCUGGACCUGGACGAGGCCGCAUACAAGCACAGCGACAUCACCUCCCACUCCUGCCCCCCGGCCGCGCCCGGCACACCCUAGGCCUGCCGCCAGGACUGCUCACGCCCCUCUGCCGAGGACCCUCGAGGGAGAAGGGGCUUGACCCCUGUAAAUACCUGUACAUAGUGAGACGGGGCCUGCACCCGCACUCGCUGCGGGGGCCCGAGAGAGCCCGCCCGGCGCGGGCGACAGCGUGGCAGGGCAGACUCGAAGGACAUCAUGCUGUUAUUUUUAUUACCAAAUGCUUCUUUCUGACUCUAAACAUGGAAAAUAAAAUAUUUACAGAAAACUUUA